AUGAAAUACUUCUUAUAAUCAAUUGAUCAAUUUGGUGUUGAGUACAAACUUCAAAUUCCUCCUAUCAAUCCAACCUAAAAAAGUGCACUGGGAGGAUUAUUAACCCUAACAUUAUACGGGAUUAGUUUAGCAUACUUUCUUGUAGAAUUUGUUGAUUGGUAAUAAAAUAAUAAGCUUCCUAAGAUUACAUCUUUAAAAUAACAGAUUGAAGUCAACUAAACAAUUUUUUUGAAAGGUGUGUUUGUUGAAAUCUGUUAUUAUUAAAAGCUUAAUAAUUCAAUAGAUCCUUUCGAUCCAAACAAGCUGAUUUUUAAUCCAAUUUUCCAAGUGAUACCAAGCAAUUGGAAUAAUGUAUUUCUACUUAUAUUUUAGAUUUAAAACUUAACUUUAAGACAUUAAUAAGAAUAGUAGGAUAAUGGAAAAAUUAUAAAUAAAUUUUAUAUUGAAGAUAUAACUAUUUAAAGAUCUCCACCUACAUCUUCUGUUGUAAAUGCUUUAGAUUAUUAAUUAACAUUUGGUUUUUGCUAAAAUAAUCGAUUAGCUGAGGGAUAAAAGUGUGCUGAUGAAGAAACAAUUAAAUAAUUUUUAAAACAGGAUAACUUUUUCCAAGUGUAAAUAUUUAUUGAAUAAUUUGAUCCAAAAACAAAAAAUUUCAAAAAGGUUCCCAAAUUUUUUGUUCUCGAUGUUUAGAUAAAUCGAUUAUUUUCUAAUUAAUAUUUAUUACAGCAAGGAGAAUUAAUCUUAGAUGAUGGAUUUUUAUUACCAACAGAGGAAAAAUUAUCUUAUCUAUCUGAUAUUUAGGCUUUAAUAUAAACUUAUGAUUGGGAAUACUCGCAAAAAGUGUUCGGCGAGAAUUUAGUUUCACUUUUAUAUUUUAAUUUGGACUAAAUAAAAAUAGUAAAUAUGGUUGAAUACCCAAAAAUCUCAGAAAUAUUAGCAGAUACAGGUUCAAUCAUAACUUGGAUUCUUUCAAUAUCAUUUUUAGUAUCAAAAUAUAAUGAGAACUUAAGUAUGUAAAAUACUUAAAAUGAAGUAAUUUAAAUGUAUUAUCAUGAUUAUAUUGAUUUUAAAAUAUAAAAGAAUUGGUUAGGUAAAAUCAAAAGUAUAAAUUACAAAGAAAAAGAAUAUGAUCCAAAACAAUCAGAAGAAAUCCUUAAUAAAUUAGAUUAAAUUGUAAUAAAGAAAAUAAAUUAUUUAAAUUUAUAAAAUGAAGUAGCUAAGUAAGAAUUUUUUAUUUAAUUAAACUAGGUUAUAAUUAAUCUUACAAGAACAUUUAGGAUUACAUUAAAUUAAAAAAUAUUUAGAAUCAAAAAAUAAAUUAGAAUUUCUUUUUGAGAAAUUAUGCAUACCUGAAAAAACAUCAAAAUAAUAAAUAAAUUAAAUUGUAUUUCUUUUUCAUAUUUUAAGCAUAUUUUAAAUGAACAGUAAUCUGAAGGAGUCUCAUAAUUAGGNUUACAUCUUUAAAAUAACAGAUUGAAGUCAACUAAACAAUUUUUUUGAAAGGUGUGUUUGUUGAAAUCUGUUAUUAUUAAAAGCUUAAUAAUUCAAUAGAUCCUUUCGAUCCAAACAAGCUGAUUUUUAAUCCAAUUUUCCAAGUGAUACCAAGCAAUUGGAAUAAUGUAUUUCUACUUAUAUUUUAGAUUUAAAACUUAACUUUAAGACAUUAAUAAGAAUAGUAGGAUAAUGGAAAAAUUAUAAAUAAAUUUUAUAUUGAAGAUAUAACUAUUUAAAGAUCUCCACCUACAUCUUCUGUUGUAAAUGCUUUAGAUUAUUAAUUAACAUUUGGUUUUUGCUAAAAUAAUCGAUUAGCUGAGGGAUAAAAGUGUGCUGAUGAAGAAACAAUUAAAUAAUUUUUAAAACAGGAUAACUUUUUCCAAGUGUAAAUAUUUAUUGAAUAAUUUGAUCCAAAAACAAAAAAUUUCAAAAAGGUUCCCAAAUUUUUUGUUCUCGAUGUUUAGAUAAAUCGAUUAUUUUCUAAUUAAUAUUUAUUACAGCAAGGAGAAUUAAUCUUAGAUGAUGGAUUUUUAUUACCAACAGAGGAAAAAUUAUCUUAUCUAUCUGAUAUUUAGGCUUUAAUAUAAACUUAUGAUUGGGAAUACUCGCAAAAAGUGUUCGGCGAGAAUUUAGUUUCACUUUUAUAUUUUAAUUUGGACUAAAUAAAAAUAGUAAAUAUGGUUGAAUACCCAAAAAUCUCAGAAAUAUUAGCAGAUACAGGUUCAAUCAUAACUUGGAUUCUUUCAAUAUCAUUUUUAGUAUCAAAAUAUAAUGAGAACUUAAGUAUGUAAAAUACUUAAAAUGAAGUAAUUUAAAUGUAUUAUCAUGAUUAUAUUGAUUUUAAAAUAUAAAAGAAUUGGUAAGGUAAAAUCAAAAGUAUAAAUUACAAAGAAAAAGAAUAUGAUCCAAAACAAUCAGAAGAAAUCCUUAAUAAAUUAGAUUAAAUUGUAAUAAAGAAAAUAAAUUAUUUAAAUUUAUAAAAUGAAGUAGCUAAGUAAGAAUUUUUUAUUUAAUUAAACUAGGUUAUAAUUAAUCUUACAAGAACAUUUAGGAUUACAUUAAAUUAAAAAAUAUUUAGAAUCAAAAAAUAAAUUAGAAUUUCUUUUUGAGAAAUUAUGCAUACCUGAAAAAACAUCAAAAUAAUAAAUAAAUUAAAUUGUAUUUCUUUUUCAUAUUUUAAGCAUAUUUUAAAUGAACAGUAAUCUGAAGGAGUCUCAUAAUUAGGCGGAGAAAAUGCGAUGAGAGUUAAUUAUAAUAUAAUUUUGGAUUAAGAAGUAGAAGAAAAAAUAGGAUUGUUAUCCAUAAAAACAUCAGACAAUAACUAAAUAGAAAAACAUAAUAGCAAUUAAGAUAUAAGUUAACCAAUUCAUAAUUAUAGUACCUAAUUCUAAGUCAUUAAUAUUGAAUAGUCAAUGGAAUCUAAAUGA